AUGAUGCUAGCUGUUCGGGAUAUGGUUUGUGGAGUAGAUACAUUCCAUUAAGUAACACCGUUAAAAUUGGAUGAAUUGGAAUUCUAGAUAGCAAUUGCUUUCAUUAACAUAAUGCCUAAGAUUAGAAUACAUAGAAGAUUAACUUAAUAUAAUACGAAUGUCUUAAUUAUGGAACGAAUACUAUAAAGAAAUAUCUAUAAUUUAUAGAUAAUAAUGGAGUUGAUCAUAUUUAUGAGAUGCCAAUUUAGGAGGGAGCAUAUGAGUUUGUCUGGUAUUUUAUUGGAUUUGAGAUGGUCCCAAUUGAAAAUCGAUUUACUAUAUAUUUUUCUAAUCAUGAGAAAUUGGUUUAAACACAUUAGAUUUAGAUUGAAUUUCCAUUUUAUGAUGAAAAAUUAAAUUUAAUUUUUGGAGGAGACUUAAGUGUCAAACAUGAUCAAUAACUUCACAAUUCCGAAAAUGAAAAAUUAUCAUACUUUCCUGGAUAAGUUCUCAUUCUUAACUAUUAUUAAAUAUCUUAAUAGCAAUAUUGUAAUACUGUGAUUUCUUUCAUCUUGAGCAGUUAAAUAGAUGAGUGUAGAUGUGUACCGAGUUAAAAUACUAAAAUAAAUGAUUAAGUGAUUUAAAAAAAAGAAGAAUUUCUUUUUAUUUCUUCAAAAACAAAUUGCUAAUAAUUUUUAUUAUCAGGUUGGAUAAAAAUUGAUGAUAUACACACUUUUGUAGAUGAAUUCGAUUAUUAAUUCAUAAAAUUGUCAGGAAAUUUUUAGGUUACCUAAAUGACAGAUGAUAAUUUAUCCCCUUUUACUUUAACUUAUAAAAUAUCUUCCAAAGGAAAUUAGAUGAUCAUAACUACAUAUAGUUACACUUUUCCUUCUAUUAAUAUUGAUUUUUCAAAUAAUCCCUAUCUAAUCAAACAGGCUUUUCAUUUAAUUGGCGAUAUUAAACUGUGGCAUUAUUUAUUUGUUAAAAAAUAAGAAACAAAUAUUUAUAUUUCAAUAACUUUUUUUGAAUUAUAUAAAUAAGAAAAAUUCGAAAUUUAUGAAGAAGUUAAACAAUUUAAUUUAGUUUAAUUUAAAUUGCUUUAUGGAAAUAUUUUAUAAUCUCAUUCAGAUUAUUUAAAAAUUUAGAUUGUUGGCUUUUAAUUAUUUAACUGCCCAUAGAAGUCGGUGGAGUAACUAGAAUGUCAUUCAACUUGCCAGGAAUGCGAUGGUCCUACAAAAACUGAUUGUUUGUCCUGUUUUGAAUCCUUAAAUAGAAAAUACCUCCCAGAUUUUAAGGAGUGCAUUUGUGAAUAUGGAACUGUUGAUAUGGAUAACUAAUGUAUAACUUAUGAAAGAUUAAAUUUAACUAUUGUAACUCCAGAUGAAGUCACUAUGUAAAGUUGUAAGUAUGGAUAUUUCGAAUUUGACAAUGCUUGUUUUCGAUGGUAUUUUAGUAUUUUUAUAAAAUUAGUCCAUCUACAAUUAUGGAUAAUGUUGUCACAUGUCUUGAAUGUUUAUAAAAUCCUAAGGAAUGGAUGAAUAUGCUUUAUUGUGAGACCUCAUUAUAUUCAGAUGAUGAUGGAAAUAUAUCCCAAUAUAUCUAUGAGACAGAUUUGUGCUAUAAAUUUGUUGGAAACGACUUAACUUAUUAUUUAUGUGAGGAUGAAUGUUUAGAUUGCUAAUUUUUUGAAGAAUUUAAUUCCAUUAUCUAAUAAAAAUAACUAUCAUCUGAUAAAUCAAUGUUUAUCAUUGCCUAAAUUACUUAUUGUCUACCUCCUUAUUUUCUUAACUUUGAAAAAAUAUGUACUCUAUGCAAUAUAGAAUUUUGUUUAUAUUGUUUUAGUUAUUUUGGCAAUGAUUAAACAAAAACAACUCUAAAUCAAAAAUUUUAGUAUUCUAUUAUUGGUGAAGAAAUAAAAACAGGGUGUAUAUAGUGUAUUGAUGGUUUCAUAUAUAGUUUUGAAAAAGAAUAAUGUAUUUAUAAGAAUCCUGCAAUCUCAAAUUGUUUGAGAUCAUAUCUUACAGCAGAAGGUUAAGAAAUUUGUACUGUCUCUUCAAUAGAUGAUUUCAAUAUUGCUCCAGAAAUUAUAAAUUGUUAAAAACGCAUUUUAAAAUGCAAAUAAUGUAUAUAAACUCCAGAAUUGAUAAUUAAAUGCAUAAUUUGUGAAGAUGGAUAUAUGGCCUCUGCAUAUUCUGGAAUUUGUACUGAGUGCUCUUAUCAGAUUAAUUCCAAAAUAUGUGUUGAAUGGAAUUAAAAGAAUCUAGAACCUUGGAAAUGGUUAAUUUAAGGUUUUAGAAUUUAAUUCUUAAAAAUUACAAAUUUUUAUCAUGAAUUAGUAUCAAUAAUACCAAUGUCUUAUGUUAUCCAAUGUUUAGAUGGGUACCAAAUUAUUCUGAAUUAGUGCUAUUAAUAUUGUGAUGAUAAUUGUUAAGUAUGCAGGAAUAUGAAAAUUGAUAAUUAACAAUAAUUUUAUUGUUAAAAAUGUGAUUUGAACUAUUUUAAGAAAAAUAAUCGAGGACAUUUUUAAGGAAAAUGUAUAAAUUGCCCUUCAUUAUGUUAAACGUGUGUAUAGAGAUCUAAUGAUCAAAUAGAAGUAUUAUUUUAUAUAUUCUAAUAGAAAAUAAACCCAUUUUUUUAAAUAAAUGAAGAGAAUUCCAUUUACACAUUAAAAUGUAUUUAAAAAGUUCCUUUACAAAAAGUUACGAUUGAUCCAAAUUUACAAAUUGCUCAUUAUUGUUUUAAUGAAAAUUGUGAUGAUAUGUUUGAGUACAAUGUACUUAAUUUUUAUAAUUUAGGUUCAUUUUUUUUGUAGAACUUUAGAACUUUUGGAUUAAGAUAGCUAUUCAGGCUAUUUAGAAUAAAAGUUGAAUUAUAAGUAUUUUAAUGAAAUCGGACUCAAGAGAAUCACAUUAAUACUUUUAUUUAACACUAUUUGUGAAAACUUUUAAGUAAAAAAUUAUAGUUUCUUGAAUUAUAUCAGAGAAAAAGUAUUUUCCAUUUAAUAGAUCAAAUUGAGAAUAGAGGGAUAACUAAAACCUUUCCUUUUAUUAAUUUAGUUUAAGAUAUAAUAUUUUGAUUCUAUUAAAAUUAAUUAAGUAAUGUUUCUUAUAAGAACUUAAUUAAAAUUGAUAUUGAAUAACAGAGGAUAAUCUAUAGAUUUUAAUAUUGUAGAUACAAGUUUUUAUUCUGAUCAAUCAGAUCCUAUUCAAAUAUAAAUUUAUGGUGAUAAUUAUCGAAAUUUUAAUUUAUAAAAUGUUUAAUUUUUUGAUGUGAUAGUUUAUAAUGCUAUCAUUUUUUAAAUUAUGUGUUCUGAUGUAGGAGAGAUUAUUAAGAUAAAGGAAUUGAAAUUGUCAAAUUGUAUUUUUAACAACACAACUUUGCUAGAUUUUCUAAAUAUGCGUCGACAAAUUAUUGUUGAUAAUCUUUCGAUAAAGUCUUGUCAUUUUUAUAAUUCAUCAAUUAUCACUUUAAAUUUAAACUUAAAUUAAUUUGCUGAUAUCAUAAUAAAUAAUGUUUAUAUUUAAGACUCUUUUUUUUAAGAGUCUAGUUUCCUUUACAGCUAUGGUAAUUCAACUAUAACUAUUAAUAAAUUUACUCUAGCCAAAAGUUCAAUUUUUAGUUCAAGGAUUAUAUCUUUCAGCAAAGAUUUUUAUUUUAAUGAAAUUAUAUUAUAAGAGAAUUUUUUCAAAGAAGCAUAAUUUCUAAUCUAAUUAUCAUCAAGUUUUAUGAAUUCAUAGAUUUAGAUAAAUAAUUUUACUAUUUUCAAAAAUCAGGUCUCUAAUUUCUCUGCUUUUGUUACCGAGUAAAAAUACGAGAGAAAUAAAGUUAAUUUAAAGUUAGAUAAUUUUAAAUUUGAGUAUAAUAUUCAAGAUACUCAAGAUUAUUAUUCAUAUCUAUUUAAAAUCAAUUGCUAAACCUUGUUAAUCAAUGAUAUUGAAUUAAAAGGCACGUAUAAUUUUAGAUUUUUCUCUUUAAUUGCUAUUCCUACAAUAAAAUUAGAAAAUAUCAUUUAUGAAAAUUAGUAAUAAUAAGAGAAAGUGGAAAUUACAUUCGAUUGCUACAAAAAUAGUGCAGUACACUCAUCGUUAUUAUUAGUCUCAGGAUUCUCUAACAUAAUAUUGCUUUAAAUUUAAAUUACAAAUUAAUUCAGCAUAGAUUAAUCAAUUAUUACUAUCUAAUCUAAUCCUUUGAUUAAUUUUAAUACAGUUGAAUCAAUACUAAUAAGUCAUAUCUCUUUUAUUGGAAAUAUUUUAGUAAAAUAAAAUUUAGGAAUGUUAUUUUCCUUAAUUUAAAUUUACUCUGAGAAAACUCUAAAUAUAGCUAUAUUUAAUGUUAUUUACAAAGAAAAUAUAUUUCAUUAAUAUUAAGCUGAUCCUUCAGAAAAUUCGGCCAGUCUUAUUCUUAUCUAAUCAGGAUAAAGUAAAAUUAUGAUGACGAAUAUUAUCUGCUCUUACAAUGCUUUAACCAAUUCUUCCAAUUCAUUUAUUUCCAUAAAUUCUAAUAGCCUUGUUAUUAAAGACUUUUAAGCUUUUCAUCAUAAUUACUUUGAAGCUGAAUUAUGGAAUAAAUAUUAUUAAGUAUAUAUUUAAAGUCAAUAUAAUUUAAACUAAAUUACUUUAAUUAUCAAGAAUGCAUUUAAAAUUGAAACUAAAAGUGGAGCUCUUUCUAUUACAGCAUCAAAUGUGAAUUUUACUAAUGGUUUAUUUAGUUAUAUAAUUGCAUCAAGUAGCCUAAUUUUUAACAUCAAUUUAUAAGGUUAGGGAAUUGUGAUUAUCAAAAAUUGUGACAUCCUUCAUGCUUAGAGUUAAUCAAUCUCAACAUCUAAGGUAGAUGGGGCAAUUACAAUUAAUGCUAAAAAGAGCUUAUUAACAAUUGAUAUAGAAAAUUUAGUGUUAAAAGAAGUUUAAAAUACAUUAUCCUCAUCAAUAUUUUCAAUUUAUCCAUCAUCUACUAACAAUAGAAUAUUCUUAAACAAAAUUCAUGCAUACAAUUGCUUUUCCCUUUUUAAUCAAUUUCUAUAUUUAGAGUUUGAUUAUAAGAAUGUUGCUUAGAAUGAAGUAUUAAUUUAAAAUUUACAUUUCAUUUAAACUGAUACUGCAUUUAUGCUCUACUUAUAAUCAAUUGAAACUGUCAACCCUAUUGAAAUCUAAAAAAUAACUUAAGAUAAUGCUAUAAUAAAUAUAAUCGGAUGUAAGGUACAGAUGAAAGGAUUAUUUAUAGAAGGAAUUGUAUCAUCUGGAAUUAUAAAAAUAAUGGAUUAUAGUUCGAUUUUCUUUACUAAUUCUUUAUUCUAGAAUAUAUCUACUUUUUAUCCAGUAAACAUAUUAGAUUUUACUUAAAACAAUCUUUUUCAUUCAGAUUUGCUUCUAAAUAACAUUUCUAUAUUAAAUGUAAAUUCAUUUUAAUACAAUAAAUCUAAACUAAAUUACUUCGAUUUAAAUAUUCAUUUAUAACUUAAUUAAUGUAAAUUAAUCAUUAAUGAAGUAUUAGAGCCUAUAUAAGAAUUAGUAUCAAUUAAUUAAUUUUUUGAAGAAAUCUUAGCUAAUUCUAAUAAAAAAGGCUCCUUAAUACAUUUGAAUAGCAUCACAAAUCAAACUUAAUUGUUACUUAGAAAAAUUUAAUUUAUAAAUAAUAACUGUUAACAUUGUUGGAAUGGUUUAUUAAAUUUUGAAUUGACAUAAAUUAAAGUCAUCAAACUUUCUUAAUUUGAAUGCAUUUUGAAUUUCAUCAAAAAACAUGGAUGCAUUUUAGCAAUUUUAGAGAAUAUCCUAGAUAGAUCAAUAAUAAUUGAUCAUUCAAACUUUAUUUCAAACCAUGGAACUAAAGGAACAGGAGUAUAAGUUUAAAAUUUAUGA